UGGCUGAAAAUUGAAAAUUUAAUCAAUAUUAAAAGUGAAAAUUUCGGAAGAAAUAGCAGAAAUUAACGGAAAAAUCGUGUUGAAACGUGUUCAGGUGUGCCCGGGGCAUCGUUAAAAUGUGAAAAGAGCACGUAAAAUGUGCUCAUCUUACCGCUACCAGUAAAACAAAAUACGGUAUCAACAACAAACAAGGAAAAAAUUGUCGCCAAAAAGCGAAGCUACGUCAAAAGUUGUGAAAUCGCUGCAAAUUUCGCCGCAAUUCACAUCUCCGCAUCGCCCAAAAACGCCGUAGAAAAUGGUUGUUUCGCGCGGAAAACGAAAACAAAAGGAAAUUGCAACACCGAAACCAACUCCUGAGCCACCAAAGCGUCUGAAAUUUCAAGCACAACGCAAAUUCGCGCAAGGUCAGGGCCAUCCCGCAUCAACUUCGAAUUAUUUGAAUUUCGCCAAUAGCUCGGCUGCGAAUUCGUCACAAGUGACGCCCGUGAAGGAGAAUCAAAAUCCGCCGCCGGAAUUGCUUCCCAACCAACGACCAAACACCGAGGAUUUUCUCACGUUCUUGUGUUUUCGCAAUACGCCCGUGUUGCCGCCCGCAUUGGAUUUUCUCAAUCCGCAGAAGCAACGCAAAGCCCAAGCCGCACAAAAGACCAAAUCGCCGGAAGCUGCCAAGAAAAUGGGACUCACGAGCUCGACAUCCAAAUCUUCCGAGGCAAAAGACGACGCAACGACUCCCAAAAAAACGGAAGAAAAUGGCGGCGAAUCGUCGAGCAGCACCAAGAAACCGGCUGCGUUUCCGGGCGCCGUGCGAAAACGCGCCGAAAAAGUCCCCAUGAUGUCAAACAAGUUCCAGCAGAACGACAAAAAGCAGAAAAACGACACAAAAGUCGCGAAUGCGCUGAAGAAAAAGUACGCAAAACUGAAUAAAGUCACCGCGAAAGAGACUCGCAGAACUCGCGCACACCCAGAAACCACAAACGACGACGAAAACGACGCCGAGGAAGACGAAGAAGAGGAGGAAACUACGGAAAUGCCGCAAAAACGCAAGUCUAGUCUACACAAAAGUGUCAGCAAUAAUAGUUUAGACGACGGUACGCCAGUGAAAAAGUCCCCGCGAACCACGGGAUCUCUCAAAAAUGUCAAAAAAGACGAAUCAGAGACUGCAUCGGACAAAAUCAAGAAACGGCGAGGCAAAAAAGCCGCUUCUGAAGACGAAAACGACGAGGAUACCGCAACGCAUGAUGACUCAAAGUCUGAAGAACCCGAAAAAAUCGAAAGACGUCAAACGCGUUACGCUUCUUUUCGUAUUCCGCCACCGCUGAAGAAGGAACGCAAGAAGAAAACCGACUCGCCUGUGGUAAUGUUGAAGGAAAAAACACCCGAAAGCACUUCAGCAGCGCCAACAGACAACAAGAAACCAUUAAAAGUCGACAACGUCAAAGAAAGCAGCAGCAAAAAAAAUUCCGCUGAUGAAAAGGACGAACAUGUGAACAAAAAACUGAAGAAAGAAAUUGAUUUUUCCUCAGAGGAUGACGAACCGCUUGUCAAAACAGGCAAACGAACGCCUUUAAUUGAAAGCGAUGAAGGAGUUUCUAAGCCUGGUCGUCGUACGUUGCACAAAGGACAGCCAAAAAAGUCAAAUUUCAUCGAUGAGAUUGUCAAAAAGUUGGAUGACGACAUCGAAAACGAGAAAAAACCCGAAAGUGCUUCUGCUGACACAGCGCCAAAAGCUGCUCGUGGCAGACCGAAGCGAAAAUCGGCACCGGAAGCAGCAUUUGACGCGAAAAAACUGGCAGUUGAGUCAAAAAACGCAUCGCCCGUUCCCACAAAAGGACUCGCCGAUAAGAAAUCUCCGACGCCGGGUUCGACAAAACUUCGUUCUCCGACUCCCGGCUCAAAAACUGAAAACGAAUCGAAGGAACGGAAGAAAAUUGGAAGAGCGCGACGCACAAAUGUCAAGGACAAGGUUUCGAUAGAGUCCAUUGCCGAUGAUUCGGAGAGCGAAACGGAAGUUCGUGCGGCACGACCUUCGCGAAAAACCAAGGAAGCUGCGACAAUUUACAUGGAGCUGAUCGGGCGCAAGUUGAGUUUGAAAGAAUUGUCGGACGACGACAGCUUGGAUAGUUUGGAGUUGCCGAAUAUCCAAAGGAUGCAACAAAUGGAGGACGAGAUCAAGUCGAUUCACGACAAGCAGGUCGAAAUGGCGGCAAAAAACGCGUCGUCACCGGUAAUGAAACCCAGUGAGGGUAAAACGGGCGACGAACCGGUGAAGAAAAAGCGUGGCAGGAAGAAAAAAGAGACACCUGUCGCGGAAACAACGCCCGUUGCUGACGAAAAAACGGAAGAAAAGCCAAAAAUUUUGGAGAAAAGCUUCGAUGAUUCGGAUGAAGAACCGCUGGCGACAAAAGCAAAGACAAAAAAGGAGGCAAGUGGCGGAAAACGAGGCCGAAAAACGUCGACGCCAAACAAAAAAGACAUUCCUGCGGAGAUAAAAGUGCCCGAAAUCCAACAAACGCCCUCGCCAGUCAAGUUAUCAAAGUGGCAGGAGCGUCUUUUGGCAAACAGUUCGCCCAAAUCGAAGACAACAAGCAGUCCCGUGGCACAAAAGCUCUUCGAAACGAGUCCCACGAAGGAUGUACUUAACAAAACGGACGAUUCGCUAAAAGUUCACAACCGUUCGUCAAAUGCCAAGGUUUUUUCGCCCGAUGCAAAAGCCACAAACAAGCCAAGCACCUCGGAAAAUGUCGAAACUGCGCCAAACACAACUAAGGAAAAGCCCUUUGUGCGUCCCAGCAAGGUAGAAAAUGUCGUGGCAACCGAAAUAAUCGACGAUGACGACGACGAAACACCAAAACCCCUCAAUCUGGCGCCAAAAUCCCUCCUCGGCAACUUGUUGCCCAGCAAAGAGGAGCAAAACAAGAUUUUUGGCAUUGCCAGUAUCACGCUGGCGCAAAGUUCGGGUCCCAUGGAUACCAAAUGUCAUCUCGGCAAAUGCGGAUCUGUGCAUAAGCCACUUGGGCCCGCUGUGCUCACGGAAAGUAACUUGGGAGGGCAUUUGUCGCCGAAAGAUCGACGAAAAAGCAAAGUAAACAUGUCGAACGAGCAGAUUCAACGAUGGAUCGAAGGCAUUCAAGUGACUCCCGUGCCCGAUGAUUUGGAUGAUAUCGAGUUGGAUGGUCCCGUAACGAAAAUGAGCCCGUAUCCGAGCAAGGAUUUCAUGGACGAGUCAUCAAGUUCGCAAAAAACAGUCACGAAAAAGGAGGAGAAACAAAAUUCGCCCAACAAAAAUCCAACGGUUCAAGCCGCAAAGCUCGGAGUGCAACUCAACAAAGUGAAAAAAGAGGAAAUUCCCACGACGUCGUUCAAUGUGACAGAGAAAAUCAACAAAGAAUUAUACAAAAGUCCGGAAGUGAAGAAGGAAAGUGAAAAAGAGACGCCGAAAUUGGUACGAAGCACCCCCGAGUUGUUCAAUGCCAAAGAAAAGGAGAAACUUUCGCCCCUAAAAUCCACAUCAACGUUGACUCCUCCAACGCUUCCGCCGAAAAUCACGAGCAUUCCGGAUGUCGUGCCCAAAAUCAUGGUUCCCACGAGCAACAACAAGACGGAAACAACUCCCACAACGGUUUCAUCGCCCAUCCUUUCAACGCCCCUGAGUUUGUUCACCACAAAAACGACGCCCCUGAAGUCGCCACUUCCCAAAAUUUCCGACACAAAGCCGCCAUCGAGUGUCGUCAACACGAGCACAGCAGUCAACAACAUCACAACAACAACGCCAACUUCUUCAAAUGCGGACAAGAAACCCGUUUAUUGUCCGAUCAAACGUACGCCAAUUUACAAGCAACUCGAUGCGCCAGCAACGCCAACCUCAACUUCGAAGCCCGUCGUGAACAUUUUCGGAACAUUUUCAGCUGAAAAUGAAAAAUCCAUUUACUCUUUCGACGAACCGGAUGCCGAUUUGGAGGGAAAAAAGACAAAAACUUCGCCGUCGAGCAAAAAAGGAGGUCGUCGCAGUGGCUCGUCGUCCCAAAAACCGCAAGGAAACAACGUCGACGGCGAUUUCAAGAAUCCAACUCCGCCGAAAAAUGCAAAUCCAGCAGUUUCGUUGACUCUCAGUCCGGAGGAAAGUAGCAAAAUUGCCGCCAUAAAUCUCACAAACAAUCACGAACCGAAAAAGGAAGAGGAUGCAGACUCAGAUUCUGAAGGACAAACGUUCUACAUCCCCCUUUCAUCCGCAAAUAUUGCUGGUAGCAGUAAAUUGGGCGAAAUGAUCCAAGGCGUAAAACUAAAACUGGGUACUGAGGGUCCCGAAGGACCCAAUCAACGCGUCAUUAUGCACGCAAAACUCGUUACAAAAGCCGAAAUGGGCGACAAAAGCACAACUCCCAUGCCGGAGGGCAUCACAAAUAUGACGGAAAUUGUCAAGGCGUUGACCAGCAGCAAAGAUAUGAUCGGAAAAUCGGUGCCUGUUGGAACAGUUCAACCUAGAUUCAAGUCUGACGAGUUGGAAAUGAAAACGGUGACAGUUCCUGUGUCGCUUCCAACGACUCCUGUUGUUGAAACGCCUCCGCCUGCUGGCGCAUUAUCGCGAAUUAACUCAAAUUCGUCCCUGUCGUCAGCUCGUUCGAAACUAACAAAGCCUUUGAUUCAACCGGCGAACCCGUCGACGUUUCCGCACAUCAAUGACAGCGCCCAAAUGGUCGAAGCUCCCAUCUUUCGGCCCACGGAGAAGGAAUUCCAAGACCCAAUUGAGUUUUUCGAGCGAAUUUUGCCGGUAGCUGCUACUUUUGGGAUUUGUCGUGUCAUUCCGCCAGCGAGUUUCAAGCCGGAAUGUCGCAUUUCGGACGACAUGCGAUUCACGGCAUACAACCAGUACAUCCACAAGAUGCUGUAUCGCUGGGGUCCGAGUGCCAAAGAACUGGCUGCCAUCAAAAAGUACUUGGAAACGCAAAACAUCUCGAUGCAACAUCCUCCGUGGAUUGGCGGCAUGGAAGUUGAUUUGCCGCGUUUGUAUCACACCGUACAAGAGCUUGGCGGACUAAAAGAGGUGAUCGAGAAGAAAAAAUGGCCCAAAGUCUCGGAGGAAAUGUGCAUUCCGAAAACGGCGCACGAUCGUGUCUCGAAACUCGACGACAUCUACUGUAAAUAUUUGUUGCCGUACGACACGUUGUCGCCGAGUGAGCGUCAAAAGCUGUUCGACGAAGUUGAAGCUGACUGGGCAAAGCAGGAGGCCAAGGCACGACGCAACGCCGAUCGUUUUCGCGGGUCCGAAGAUGAUGACAGCAACCAAUCGUCAUCGACGGAAGACGAAGACGACGACGACAACGAGUGUUCCAUGGAGUGCAUGGUCAAGGGACGCAGCAUGCCGUUGAACCAAUUUUUCCGUAUUGCUCGCAACACGAUGUCACUUUGGUUCAAAAAUGCUGAACCCACAUCGCAGGAAGUCGAAGCUGAAUUUUGGCGUCAUGUUGCGGUGCGAGACAGUCACGUUUGCGUCAACUCCGGAUCAAUUGACUCGUCGGGAUAUGGCUACGGGUUUCCGACGCCGGGUCCCAAAGGCAAAGGAUCGCCAUGUGCCAAACAUCCGUGGAACCUCAAAGUGCUAACGAACAAUCACGGAUCCAUUUUGCGUUCACUGGGACCUGUGACGGGAGUUACGGUGCCCACAAUUCACGUCGGGAUGCUUUUCAGUGCGUGUUGUUGGUAUCGCGAUCCACACGGAUUGCCUUGGAUCGAAUAUAUGCACACGGGUGGUUCGAAAAUUUGGUAUGGCGUGCCUGAUGAACAGAGCAACAAUUUCCGCACGGCACUGACAAAUCUCAUUCCGACACAUUGUCAGAGCAAAACGGUGUGGCUUCCGUGCGAUACAGCGAUGGUUCCUCCUCACAUGUUAACCGAUAAGGGAGUUUCGUUGUGCCGAACUGAACAAGAACCCGGACAAUUUGUCAUUAUUUUCCCGAGAGCUUACACGAGCAGCAUUUGUACGGGAUACACGGUGUCGGAAAGUGUCAUGUUUGCGUCGAGCUCGUGGCUGGAAACGGCAAAGGCAGAUUAUGAGGACAUGCACGAAAGUUGCGAGCCAGCGAUGUUCUCAUUGGAGCAACUUUUGUUCGCGAUCGCCAGUGAUCAACGUUCCAGUCAAGAAUUACACGCGCAAAUUCUUCCGAUGCUCAUCGAGGUUUACGAAAAAGAAAAAUCCGACAGAAAAGCUUUAAAAGACGCCGGCGUUGUUCAAACCGAAAAAAUCCCGAUAGGCAAGAAAAAGAUCGCCGAGGAGUUUGAAUGCGAAAUUUGUCGUGCCAACUUGUCCAUUUCCCUGGUAAAAGUCAAACAAGACACGAACGACGACGAGGACGAAGAAGAGGAAGAAACGAUUUACUGCCUGCGUCACACGCUAAAGAACAUCCAAAGUAACCGUUUGACACCGAAAAACUGCAAACUCGUGUUCAGCUACUCGAUCGACGAAAUCGAAGCACUGAUUUCCAAAAUCAAGGAUCGCGUGCAAACGCAAAACAAGGGCAAGAAAAAGGACGGAACGACAUCACAACAACAACAACAAUCGGGCACCAGUGGAAGAAAAUCGAAUUCAAACUUGUACCAACCGUCGUCGUCGAGCAAGUACAGCGGCAUGCCGACGAUGCUGAAGUAAUUUUUUAAGUGAAUUGUGUGAUUUGAGCUUUUGCGUGUUUCAGAGUGUGUGAAAAAUUUUACCCGAAAAAAAUGUUUGUAGUCGCUUACAAACCCAAAACUAAAAAAUUAGAGAGUAUUAGCCGCAUUAUUGCAAUAAAUAGUAGGAGAUUAGGAUUCAUAAGGACUGAGAAAAGUGAAAUUUAUCGAGGAGAAACAUAAUUAUUGAUCUGAAGAGAUAAGAAAAAAGAUAUAAAUGUAUUUUUUCAACGUAUAUUAAAUUUAGUGCUAGUAGUUAAGGAGAUUUUUAGAGAAGAAUUUUUAAUAUUGAAGAGUAGAAAUGCAAUGCUUAAUUACGUUUAAACUUUAGUUCUAAGCUGAGAAGAUUUAUUUAUCUUACACACAGAAAAA